AUCGCCUGUGGAAGGGACUGAUCAUGAAUCUGAACUAUUUGAAAAUGGAUGUAUAGAUCGCAAUAGGAAAGGAUUGAUCAUCAAUCCGAACUGCUUGAAAUGGAUGUAUAGAUCUCGCGUAGUAGAGACUGAUCAUGAAUCAGAACUAUUUGAAAAUGGAUGUAUAGUUCCUUGUGCAAGAGACUGA